AAACACGGCAGCAGGCUCGAGCGAAGGGGCGCGCAUCUCGCGCGGGGCUGGUACGCGCAGAGCAGACGUAGCUGCGACACUGCUGGCGAGGCGAAGACGCGUCUACGGCCGAGAGGAUGCAGUGAAGGAAAAAGCCUCAAUUUCCCAGCUAAUUUACGUCGGUGCGCCACGGCAACUAUAAGAAAAUAUCGACGAAAAUGAGCGUGGUCAAAGCCGGGCACGACGGCAGGGUCGACGGCGGGAGAGGCAGCCACAUCGACGGCAGCGGCAGUGGCGGCUCCCCGAGGCUCCAGCAGUGCGCUCAGCCUCCCAACAACAGCGGCAGCAGCAGCAGCAGCAGUCGGACCAAAGAUGCCAGAUACCAGCAACAGCUCCAGCAGCAGAGGCAUCAUGGUGGGUCGAUGCUGAAACAACCAUCACUCAACGAGCCCGCCGACGUCGUGCGACGGGCUCUGGACUUCAAGUGCCAAGGGACCCAGUGCUACAAAGAUAAGAAGUACCGAGAGGCGAUUGGCAAGUAUCACCGCGCUCUGCUGGAGAUUAAGGGGCUGUGUAGGGUGCUGGGGGAUCCGGACACCACCUCCAAGCCCCCGUCCACCCUCCUACCAACCAUCAGCAAGUCCAGCACGCUGACAGAUGAGCAGAAGGGGGCCAUGGAGAAUGCAGAGCUGGAGUGUUACAACAGCUUGGCCGCCUGCCUGCUGCAAAUGGAGCUGGUGAACUAUGAAAGGGUGAAGGAAUACUGUCUGAAAGUGCUUCAUAAGGAAGGGAAGAACUUCAAAGCUCUGUACCGAUCCGGCGUUGCGUACUACCACCUAGGAGACUUCCAGAAGGCCCUGUUCUACCUGAAGGAGUCACACAAACAGGAACCAUCAGACACCAAUGCCAUCCGCUACAUCCAGCUGACAGAGAUGAAGAUUCGCCGGAAUGCUCAAAGGGAAAAGAAAGAGGCGACAUAAGCACUGGCUGAGUGACGACGUUCCAGCCCGACUGUGUGCCACCCAGACCUUACACACCAUGGUUCAGAGGUCUUGGUGUGAAACGAUAUUUGUUUGCUUUUGCCUUGCACAGCAUCCGGUUUCCAGUUAUGUGAUUGAACUUCAUCAUUGCGUGCUUGAAGCAUUUAAAAAAAAAAAAAAAAACAACAUUCAUCAGUACCAGAUUCUGAGUUUUCUGUCUCCGAACCGAUAAAUGUAUCUAGUAUGAAUCCAUCCCGAGUAUUUUUUACCCAUUACGAACAGAUGCACUGCCAGUCCAAACAUUGCACUUACAGGCCAAACCUUGUGAUAAGAGACAGGAGCAACAAGUUCCAUAGUGAGUCCAGCAUGUCUGCAGGCGAGUGGAACUGUAAAAUAGCACGUGCCCUCGCUCAAGAUGUCUCUCGAAUGCCAUGGAGGAAAUGAGUAACAACCACCUACACCCCCAUACUUUGGUUUUAAAAGUACAAGAAAAACAUUUUUCUAUAUCUCUCUCGAUUCUAUCUGAAGCAAAGGUGCUUUCAUUGAGUAGGUUUCUAACUCAAAAUGUGUAGGCAAGGACAUCAAGAGCACAUGCUCAGCACCUGCUAAUUGCAGUAUGAACUUAAGAGACAUAUCACAAAAUGUAAAUAGGCUACUUUAUAUAAAUCAUAAAAAAUGUAAUGGAGAGACAAGCUAUGUACUUAUUGAUGCCAAAACACUUCAUUCACAGCAAUUACUGUAAAGGUAUGCGUGUAACAAAUGUGUCUAUUGAUUGGAGUAUUUUUGUUGUUGUGAUGAAGCAGUGGAUUUCCCUUUAAUUUUUCAUGUUCAUUUUUUCUCCUAUGUUCCUUAAAAAAAGCUAAAAAUAGAUCUAUGGAAAAAUGCUGAUGAAAGCACAUGUGUAAAUAAAGAAGUGAACCAAAA